AUGAUUGAUUCCAAUCAUAUUAUGAUUGAUUCCAAUCAUAUUAUGAUUGAUUCCAAUCAUAUUAUGAUUGAUUCCAAUCAUAUUGAUUCCAAUCAUAUUCUGAUUGAUUCCAAUCAUAUUCUGAUUGAUUCCAAUCAUAUUCUGAUUGAUUCCAAUCAUAUUAUGAUUGCCUCCAAUCAUAUUAUGAUUGCCUCCAAUCAUAUUACGAUUGAUUCCAAUCAUAUUACGAUUGAUUCCAAUCAUAUUACGAUUGAUUCCAAUCAUAUUAUGAUUGAUUUCAAUCAUAUUAUGAUUGACUCCAGUCAUAUUAUGAUAUACUCCAAUCAUACUAUGAUUGACUCCAAUCAUAUUAUGAUAAUCUUAUUAUGA